AUGGGAAAGCGUCCCAGGCUUCCACCUAAUCGACUACAGCGCGCAGACGCCGCGGCGGCUGUGCGCGCUCUUAUGCAGCCGCUCCGAAACGCCCGCGCUGACCGUCUUCUCCGUGCACUGGGGGCCGAACUGUUCGUGGUGGUCGAGUAG